UGUUGGAGAGUUCCAGAAGAACGCGGAGCUGCGCUGCUGCGAGGACGUCCGGAGGCCGAGCUGCCCGCAACACUCAGCACUCGACAUUCGUGCACUUUGAGCGCUUCAGCUCUGUGUCAGUUUGCGGCUUCGUGUCUCAAGCCGACAAAGCGCCGGAAUUUGUGAGCAGCGCAGUAAGUUUCUCAGAACCGGUUUGUCUGAUUAAAGAGCGCAACGAACGACGCCGGAGUCGCCAUGAUGCUGAAUGUGGCCAGGAGCGCGAGCAGGAGCCUGAUCCACCCGCGAGGCUGCGCUGGUGGAAACACCUCCUCCGUCCUGAAAAAGGCCUGCUGGAGCGCGUUGAGCCAACGUGCGCUUGAGAACGUUGCCAGACGCAGCUAUGCGUCAGAGGCGAUCAAAGGAGCGGUCAUUGGAAUUGAUCUGGGGACAACCAACUCCUGUGUAGCUGUCAUGGAAGGGAAGCAGGCAAAGGUCCUGGAGAAUGCUGAGGGAGCGAGGACAACCCCCUCGGUGGUAGCCUUCACUGCAGAUGGGGAGAGGCUGGUAGGCAUGCCAGCGAAACGCCAGGCUGUGACCAAUCCUAAAAACACGCUGUACGCCACCAAGCGGCUGAUCGGCCGGCGCUUCGAUGACCCCGAGGUGCAGAAGGACCUGAAGAACGUGCCCUACCGGAUCGUGCGUGCCUCCAAUGGCGAUGCCUGGGUCGAAGCUCACGGGAAGCUGUACUCCCCCAGUCAGGUGGGGGCCUUUGUGCUGAUGAAGAUGAAGGAGACAGCAGAGAACUACUUGGGGCACAAUGUGAAGAAUGCUGUCAUCACAGUUCCGGCAUACUUCAACGAUUCCCAGAGACAGGCCACCAAAGAUGCAGGUCAGAUCGCUGGUCUUAACGUGCUGCGGGUCAUCAAUGAGCCUACGGCUGCAGCGCUGGCCUACGGCCUGGACAAGACCCAGGACAAGAUCAUUGCAGUGUACGACCUGGGUGGUGGCACCUUUGAUAUUUCUGUCCUGGAAAUCCAGAAGGGUGUCUUUGAGGUGAAGUCCACCAAUGGAGACACGUUCCUGGGUGGAGAAGAUUUCGACCAGCACCUCUUGCAGUACAUUGUCAAAGAGUUCAAGAGGGAGUCUGGUGUGGACCUCACCAAGGACAACAUGGCUCUUCAGAGGGUGAGGGAGGCAGCUGAAAAAGCCAAGUGUGAGCUGUCGUCUUCCUUGCAGACGGACAUCAACCUUCCUUACCUGACCAUGGAUGCCUCUGGCCCCAAGCAUCUGAACAUGAAGUUGACACGUGCCCAGUUUGAGGGCAUUGUGGCAGACCUGAUUCGCAGGACGGUAGCCCCUUGCCAGAAGGCCAUGCAGGAUGCUGAGGUUAACAAGAGUGAUAUCGGUGAGGUACUGCUGGUCGGAGGCAUGACCCGUAUGCCCAAGGUGCAGCAAACUGUUCAGGAUCUGUUUGGCCGUGCCCCAAGCAAGUCCGUUAACCCCGACGAAGCAGUGGCUAUCGGUGCUGCCAUCCAGGGCGGCGUUCUGGCUGGAGAUGUGACUGAUGUUCUGCUUCUGGACGUCACCCCCCUUUCUCUUGGAAUCGAGACCCUUGGUGGAGUUUUCACCAAACUCAUCAACCGCAACACAACCAUUCCAACAAAGAAGAGUCAGGUAUUCUCCACAGCAGCUGAUGGCCAGACUCAAGUGGAGAUCAAGGUGUGCCAAGGGGAGAGAGAGAUGGCUUCUGACAACAAGCUCUUGGGACAGUUCACUCUGGUGGGAAUCCCUCCUGCUCCCAGGGGCGUCCCUCAGAUUGAGGUGACAUUUGACAUUGACGCAAACGGAAUCGUCCAUGUGUCAGCGAAAGACAAGGGCACUGGUCGUGAGCAGCAGAUUGUUAUCCAGUCUUCUGGUGGCCUCAGCAAAGAUGACAUUGAGAACAUGAUCAAGAACGCAGAGAAGUAUGCUGAGGAAGACCGUAGGAGGAAGGAUCGUGUUGAAGCUGUGAAUAUGGCAGAGGGCAUUGUCCAUGAUACAGAAUCCAAGAUGGAGGAGUUCAAGGAUCAACUACCUGCUGAUGAGUGCAACAAACUGAAGGAGGAGAUCGCCAAGGUGAGGGAACUCCUCUCAAGGAAGGACUCGGAGACAGGCGAGAACAUCAAGCAAGCGGCCACAAACCUUCAGCAGGCAUCACUGAAGCUCUUCGAGAUGGCCUACAAGAAGAUGGCCUCAGAGAGGGAAGGCAGCAGCGGGAGCAGCUCAGGAGCCAGUGGGGAGGAGAAGAAGGAGGGACAACAGUAGAGUCUUUGUCAUGGACACAAUUGGACUGGAUGGCUUGGGAGCGUUGACAAAGUUGAUCCUGAGCGGUUCUUCAAUGUCAUCUUCACAUACUGUGUUUUUUGCAGUACGCUGUAAUUGAAACUGUAUGCCCUUCCCUUAACGUCUUUGUAAUUUAAUAGUUCAAAAACAAAUGUAUCUUGUCUGAAUUUUUACAUGUCUGUCGGUAUUAUGAUUUAGUAAAAUGUUAAAACUUUA